CGAGGUGUCUUCAUAAACAGGGCGUCAUUGGAGCGCUACAGCUUAGACCAGGAGGCUUUCUAUAAGCGGGAAGGCAUGACGGCCAAACGGUUUCCUGCCUACCAAGUUAUUGACGGCCUGAAGUACGCGAAGACGUACUUGCCUGAGAAUGUGCGCGCCAUCCGCGCAUACAUGCCACACGACGAUGACCUUGUACUGGUGUCCUACCUGAAAUGUGGCAACAACUGGCUGGAACAAAUCAUCGAACUAAUUCUUCACAGGGGGGAAAGCGCCGAAAACUACGCCGAAUUUCACCGUUGGUGUCCGUACCCUGAACUGACGGGUAUGCGCUACCUCGACGAGAUGCAGCCACCACGUUUUCUGAAAACGCACUUCCAGUACCAACAGCAGCACAAGAACCUCAAGGCCAAGUUCAUCUACCUGACCCGCAACCCACUCGAUGUCUGCGUCUCAUUCUACUACUACGUGCGGAACGGCCCAAUAUACGACUUCUCCGACGGCAGCUUCGACGACUUCGUCAAUGCUUUCGUUCUCAGCGAAGUAGAGCGAGGAGACUACUGCGAUCACCUUCUCUCCUGGUACUCGCAUCGACUCGAAGAAAACGUUUUCUUUCUCACAUACGAGCAGCUGAAGAGCGAUUUUAGAAACACCGUUUUGUGCCUAGCUGGCUUCAUGGGAGAGCAGUACAGACGCCUGCUAGAAGAAGACGAAGACGUGUACCGGAACAUUGUUGAGAAGAGCAGCGUGCCAUACAUGUCCAAAGUAUGUCAUAUAGACCAAUCAACCAUGGCGAGGUUGACAGAGAAAGAUCAGCCUUUUAUAGACGCCGCUCACCGAUUCACGUUGUCAACUUCCGGCAAGCUCAAGGGCACGGGCAUCGUAAGAAAAGGCGUCGUAGGAGACUGGAAGUCACACUUCACGCAGCGUCAUCUAGACCUGAUGCGCGAGUGGAUUGCGAAGAGGAACGCCGCGGCAGCAAUUCGAGAGAUCUGGGCCGAUAUGGACCUCGGUGGGAUUGUCUGAACGCCGAGUAAGCAAGUGUUGGUUUGCAGGGACUUGGAAGUUAUCACCGUGAUUGCACUGUCAUCUCUGUGUCGUAUGUUGCGUUUAAACCUCCUUAUUGAUGUUAAAAACAAUUCAUGUCAGUAGUUUGAAUGCACAGCACAUAAAUAGGGCGGCAAGGAUGAAA